GCGGCCCAUUAAGUCACACCCGGGGGGGGAAGGGGGCUGGUCACAUGAGCAGCCAGUGACCCGGCAGCCGGUUCCGGGGAGCCCUGCAUGGAGCUGGGGGAAAAGACCCUGCCCCCCCCCAUCGGUCCCACCCACCCCGCAGCAUCCCCCGCCAAAGGGUGACCAGGCCCCCGUGCCAUGUCCACCGAGAGCUCCCCACUCCUGAGCUACCGGCUCUUCAGCGUGGUGGACGACGGGGAGAUGCCGGGGAGCCGGGCCCAGGAGGAGGCCCCCCUGGUGGGGGGGGAUGUGGGGGGCACCGCGGGCCCCCCUCACCCCGACCCGGCCCGCCGUCUCUCUACCUUCUUCGGCGUUGUGGUGCCCACCGUCCUGUCGAUGUUUAGCAUCGUCGUCUUCAUGCGUGUGGGGUUCGUGGUGGGGCACGCCGGGUUCCUGCAGUCGCUGCUCAUGCUGGUGGUGGCCUACGUCAUCAUCCUGCUGACUGUCCUGUCCGUCUGCGCCAUCUGCACCAAUGGCGCCAUCCAGGGGGGCGGGGCCUACUGUAUCCUUCAGCCAAUGGGGAUUGGGGGAUACAGGGGGCAGGUGAGGGGUGUCGGGAGAGCUGCUUAUGGAGGGGAGAUGGGACAUGGGAGGCUGUCUCUGGGGCGGCAGGGGCUGUGGGGAGCAGUGGUGGGUGUCCCCCCCGCAGACGGAACAGACCCCCCCGGCGCCCGCGCCCUGCCCCAGGGUUAUUUCUACAGCUUCCUUUACGGGUCGGCGGUACUGCUGCUCUGCUUGCUGGUCUGCCUGGUGGGGGCCCGGAUCUACGCCCGGGCCGCCUUCCUCAUCUUCCUGGUGGUCAACCUGGUGCUGGUGGCCAUUUUCGUCAGCUUCGUGGCCGUGGGGCCCCGCCAGGUGUCCGUUGCCCGGGACGCCAACCACACCUUCAACGCCAGCUUCACCGGCUUCCGCCUGGCCACCCUGCGGGCCAACCUGCCCGCCAUGUACUCCCGCGAUUACACCACCAACAACGUCAUGACGUUCGCCACCGUCUUCGCCGUCAUGUUCAACGGGUGCACUGGGAUCAUGGCCGGGUCCAACAUGUCGGGGGAGCUGAGGAACGCCAGCAGCUCCAUCCCCAGGGGCACCAUCAUCGCUGUAGUUUACACCUUCAUCAUCUACUUCCUCCUCUUCCUCAUGACCAGCUUCACCUGUGAGAGGACACUGCUGAAGGAAGACUACGGCUUCUUCCGUUCCAUCAACCUGUGGCCGCCCCUGGUGCUGGUCGGGGUUUACGCCGCGUCCCUCUCAGCCUCCAUGAGCUCCCUCAUCGGGGCCUCCCGCAUCCUGCACGCGCUGGCCAAGGACGACCUGUUCGGCAUCAUCCUGGCUCCAGCCAAAAUCGUCUCCAAGGGGGGGAACCCCUGGGUGGCGGUUCUGUACACCUGGGCCCUGGUGCAGGUAAGCGUCCCCCCCCCCACCUGCGGCAUGAAGCCCAACACGCUGGUGCUGGGUUUUUACGACGCCUGCGUCCCCGACGACUACUUCCUCCGCGACCCGGCCUUCAGCCAGGCCCGGGAGAACGACCACUUCGGGGUGGACCUGCCGGCCCUCCAGGCCCACUUCCCCGCCGUGCGCGGGGCCGGCGUCCCCAAAGCCCUGCUGGCUGCCGAGUACGUCUCCAUCCUCUCGGACGCUGUCAAGAUGCACAAGAACGUCUGCCUGGCCCGUUACUUCCCGCUGCUGGACAAGGAGCGGCUCUUCUCCUCCAAGGCCGAGGGCUGCUUCGUGGACGUGUGGCCCCUCAACCUGCUGCGCCCCGACACCCCGGCGUACGUGGACGUCUGUAGCCUCUUCCUGCUCCAGCUGGCCUGCAUCCUCACCAUGGUCAGCUCCUGGCGGGCCGCCUGCCUCCGCCUCUUCCUCUGCGUGGAGUCGGGCGACCGGGGCUGGGUGGCCAAGGAGGAGAAACUCAAAGAGCUCCUCACCAAGCUGCGUAUCAAGGCCACCAUCCGGGCGGUCACCUGGGACCACGUGGUGGCCCUGCACGGCCAGCGGCCGGCAGCCGGCGAGCCCUUCCUCAAUCCGGCCGCCCACCGGGUGACGGACGAGUACCUGGCGGCCGUCAACGCCUUGGUGCUGCAGCAGGGGGGACAGGUUGCCGUGAGGUUCCUCUACUUGCCCCGGCCGCCGGCCGACACCUCCAUGUACGAGCGGUACCUGGAGCAGCUGGAGAUCCUCACCCGGGACUUGGGGCCCACCCUGCUGGUGCACGGCCUCACCCCCGUCACCUGCACCGAGCUGUGAGGCGGGGGAGCCCCCCCCGGCCGUGCCGGAGGAGGACAGUGGGGCAGGACCUUGGAGAUGUUCUUCAGCUCCUGGCGAGGGCCUGGGGAACUCCUGGAGACCGCGCCAGGCCGGGACGUCCCGCCUCCGGGGGUGGGGCGCACGGCCAGGACCUGGGGGACGCACACCCCCGUGGGAUUAGCUGACAGGCCUGGCCUUAGAGCCCCUGAAACCUGGUGCCUGUAAUGAGCAGGGGAGGAGAGAUGCCCCCAAACUGAGGCUGCAAUAUGGGGGGGUCUCAACCCCACAAUUGGCCCCUUUCCCCCUCAUUCAGCUUGCACUGUACCCCAUUAUGUCUGCACCCCCACAUUCCUUCACUGCUUAGUAGGGGGUACCCAUUUUUCCCAGGUACCCCCAAAUCACUGCCCCCCACCCUCUCAAUCUCCUCCCAUCACUGCUUGGGAAGGGGUCCCCCUUUUUUGCCCAUGGGCCCCAAAUCACUAUCUCCUAUUCUUCGUCUGCACCUCAUUCAGGGCUCACUGGGGGGGGUUCCCCAUUUUUUCCAGGCAGCCCCAGAUCACUGCAACCUGAAUUCUCCAUCUCCACCACCCCGGUGCGGGCGGGGUCCCAAGCUGCUUCUGCACCCCAAAAAAAUCCUUCUAGGGGUUUUGCCUCUUCUGCACUCCCUGGUCUCUUCUGAGGAGGCCCCAGGUCCCCCAACGCCUGUUGCCUUAGCUCUGUGCCCCCCCAACCUUAAAGCUCUGGGGUCCCCCUCCCGCAACAGCCCACCUUGUGUGCGGGGUGGGGGGUCCUAGCACCCUCAAUAUUGGGUGUCCUACUCCAGCCGGGCACAAGGUGGUGCCCUUAAAUAACCCAGCUGGGAUUAACCCCCGGAGAGGGGGGAUAGAAGCAGGCGGGACCCCCAAAACCAGCCCCCCCUCCAGGCAGCUUAUUUAUGCUACAAGGACUAUAUUUUUGGUUAAUGUUCUCUCGCGGAUACCUCAUGUAACACGACUGACCAGCGCCCCCCGGAGGAGGGGGUAAUAACACAGCAAGCUAAGGGGGGGGGAUUUAGACAUGUAUUUUAACGAGCGCACUCAAUAAACGGACAACGCAAAAAAGGA